AUGCAAAGUACUCGUCUAUUAAAUACUGUACAACGUUGUUCAUCAGCAUCUAGAAUUAAUCAUUUAUUGAGACGAUGUCUCACUAUUUCUAAUUCAACAACUAAAACAAAUCUCAACAACUCAUCCCUAUUUCUAGUCAAUUCAAACCUUCCUUCAUGUAACACUGGUCGAUUAUUAUCACUAUCAAGAAAUGAUAUAAUUCGUAUUGGACAACAUCUACCUAUUCGAUAUGCUUCAUCUAGUAGUUUACCAUCUCAUAAAAAAGUUCCUCUUCCAGCAUUAUCACCAACUAUGGAAACUGGUGUAAUACGAUCAUGGUCUAAAAAAGAAGGAGAAAAAAUUGCUGAAGGUGAUAUAUUGGCUGAAAUCGAAACAGAUAAAGCAACAUUAGGAUUUGAAUCAGGUGAUGAGGGAUAUCUAGCAAAAAUUAUUGUACCUGCUGGAAGUAAAGAUGUACCAGUUGGAAAAUUAUGUGCUAUUAUUGUUGAAAAAGAAGAAGAUAUAGCUGCAUUUAAAGAUUAUACAGGUGAUAGUAGUGAAACAUCAAUCAAAAAGGAAUCGUCAGAAGAAAAAGUCACUUCAUCUGGAAAAACUGCAAAGAAAGAGAAUGAAUCUGUGAAAAAAGAUGAAUCAAUAAGUCAAAAAGAACAACAAACAAGUAGCGAUGAUCGAAUUACAGCAUCACCUUUUGCUAGAAAACUUGCUGAAGAAAAAGGCAUAGAUCUUGAAUCAAUUCAAGGUAGUGGUCCUAAUGGCCGAAUUAUUGCUGAAGAUGUUGAGAAAUUUAUAAAAGAAGGUGGUGCUAAAGCUAAACCAGAAGCUAAAAAAGUCAAAGAUGCUCAAGCAAUUCCAUCCAAAGCAGUUAAAAAAGAUAAAGAAACAGCAACACGUGCAGGUGGUUAUGAUGAACAACAAAUAUCAGAAUUACGAGCAGAAAAUGCUCGUCGUGUAAUUGAAUCAAAGACUACAAUACCUCAUUAUUAUUUAUCUAUUGAUAUUCAAUUAGAUGAAAUACUUAAAUUACGUCAAAAAUUUAAUGAUAUGUUAACACCUAAAUCAAAGGAUUCAAAAGAAAAAAUACGUGGUAUUUCAGUAAAUGAUUUUAUUAUAAAAGCAGCUGCACUUGCAUGCAAGAAACGACCUGAAACAAAUAGCGUUUGGAUGGAUAAAUCUAUCCGACAAUAUGAAACUGUUGAUAUCAAUGUAGCAAUUGCUACUGAAGCUGGUAUUCUUAUGACGCCUAUUAUUUAUAAUGCUGAUCAAAAAGGUGUUUCGACUAUUAAUAAAGAAAUAUCACAAUUGAGUGAAAAAGCAAACAAUGGAAAAUUGAAUGACAAUGAACUUGAAGUAGGAACAUUUACAAUUUCUAAUUUGGGAAUGUAUGGUAUAACAAAUUUUAGUGCUAUAAUUUAUCCUCAACAAUCAGCUAUUUUAGCUGUUGGUGGUAUUGAAACAAAAAUUGUACCUGCGACAGAUUCAUCAAAAGGUUUUCGCCAAUCAACUAUUCUCAAUGUAACAUUAGCAGUUGACCAUCGUGUUGUUGAUGGUGCUAUUGGUGCUCAAUGGUUACAAGAAUUUAAACAAUUUCUUGAAAAUCCUGGAUCAAUGAUUUUAUAG